CACUAAUUGAUUGCUUGCAGCUGUUCUUUUGAACCAUAUUAUAUAUAUCACACCACUUAUUAUCAAUCUAUAUUAUAUUGUUUUCGAAUGUACGACAAAGAGAGGUGUGCCCAUGUGAUUUCAUUGACCUCAAGCACCACCUCUCUGCCAUUCUGCUUUCCUUAUUUGCUCCUUUCAUUUCACCCAAAAACCCCACCGUCUUUCUCAGCCUUUUCCGGUGGCAAAUAUGAAGCUCCACCGACAUCACGGUGGUUUGUCAUUUGCUCCGAUCCUCUUCUUCUUCUUCAUAACCCUUUUUGUUACAUCUGGUCACGCCACUACGCCAGUUUUGUCGGAAUUGAAUGCCCAAAAGCUUCGGCACUCACGGUUAUUUAAGAGCGCCUUACGACACCAAGCCUCGAAUGAACAACUAUCUGAUCUUUGGAUGCCUUUGUCGAACCAAGGAUGGAAACCAUUUGUUGAACCCACUUCCACCUCUUCAUCAUUGCCGGAGUCUUCAGGAUACAUCCAGGUGUUCCUUGACGGAGGAUUGAACCAGCAGAGAAUGGGGAUAUGUGACGCUGUUGCAGUCGCAAAAAUUCUCAACGCAACGCUCGUGAUACCAUAUCUCGAAGUGAAUCCAGUUUGGCAAGACACAAGCUCGUUUACGGAUAUUUUCGAUGUCGAUCAUUUUGUGAAUGUAUUGAAGGAUGAUAUAUCAAUAGUUAGCGAGUUGCCCGAUGAAUAUGCAUGGAGCACACGAGAAUACUAUGCUUCCGCCAUUAGAUCUACCCGUGUUAAAAAUGCACCACUUCAUGCUUCGGCAAAUUGGUACCUGGAAAACGUUUCUCCGGUUCUUGAGAGCUACGGGAUAGCUGCGAUAUCACCGUUUUCCCAUCGACUAGCUUUUGACAACAUGCCCAUUGAAAUCCAACGCUUACGUUGCAAAGUCAACUUUGAAGCGUUGGUUUUUGUUUCUCAUGUUAGAAGUCUUGGCGAGGCAUUGGUGAGCCGUCUCCGAUACCCGAUUGUCGAAAGUAUCGAUGCCGUUGGGACCAAGUACCUUAGACAAGUUGUCGAUACCAAAGACGGCCAUGGAGCCGGCAAGUUUGUUUCCCUGCACUUGCGCUUCGACAAGGAUAUGGCUGCUCAUUCCGCAUGUGACUUUGGUGGCGGAAAAGCCGAGAAGUUGGCGCUAGCGAAAUACCGUCAGACGAUUUGGCAAGGAAGAGUCAUGAAUUCACGGUUCACCAACGAGGAGUUGAGGAACCAGGGGCGGUGUCCGUUGACACCCGAAGAAAUCGGUUUGUUGCUGGCGGCAUUGGGAUUUGACAACACUACCCGUUUGUACCUUGCGUCACAUAAGGUGUAUGGUGGAGAAGCUAGGAUCGCAGCCUUACGGCAACUAUUUCCGUAUAUGGAAGACAAAAAGAGCCUUGCAUCGUCAGCAGAACGGGCACAAAUAAACGGGAAGGCUUCUUUGUCGGCUGCCGUCGAUUACUACGUUAGCAUGCACAGUGACAUCUUCAUUUCGGCUUCCCCGGGGAAUAUGCACAAUGCAAUGGUGGGACAUCGAACAUACCUCAACUUGAAGACGAUAAGACCGAACAUGGUGUUGUUGGGCCAGGUAUUCAUGAACAAGAGCAUGAGUUGGUCGGAUUUCCAAGAAGCGGUUGUCGAAGGGCAACGAAACCGAUUAGGGGAAAUCAAGGAACGAAAGCCAAAACAGUCGAUAUAUACGUACCCGGUUCCAGAUUGUGUGUGUCAACAACAAAGUUAAGGUAAUCGCAUACACAUAUUGUUUGUGGUUUGUUAUUACUUGAAAUAAAGCGUCUUAUUAGUUAGAUUGUAUUUUUCCCACGUGGAUGUUGAUAGGAGUCACAAAUUUAGCGUGCCGUGUAGUUGUAUGUGUUACAGGGACACUGAUACGUAAGAUAUACUUGUGUAAUAUAUACAACAAUUGAUAUUAGUCUUGUUGUGAAUGUAUAAUAUACUAGUACUUGAUUCUUUGAAUUGGU